AGAGAGAGAGAGAGAGAGAGAGAGAGAGAUUUCUGAUUUUUGUUUUGUUUUAUUUUUUUAUUAAAUAAGGAUAAAAAGGAGAAAACAUGUAAGCAAAAUAAUAAUUUUGUAGGAAAGAAGGAAGUCUAAAUUUUAAUAUAGAGUAUAUUUUUAAGUAUACAAAUAAUUCUAUUAAAAUUGUGGGAAGUUAGCCAAAAAAAAAAGUUGAAGUUGUGGGAAGCCGGCUAUAUAUAGUUUUAAUCUUUCUUUUCUUUUUCUUCAGAGCUUCAAGCUUCUUCCUUUCGUCAUAAUAAAGACUAGAGAUGUCUUCUCCAAGCAAACGCAGAGAGAUGGAUUUGAUGAAACUGAUGAUGAGUGAUUACAAGGUUGAGAUGAUCAGCGAUGGAAUACAAGAGUUCUUUGUGGAUUUUCAUGGUCCUAAAGAGAGUCCUUAUGAGAAAGGUGUGUGGAGGAUUAAGGUGGAGCUGCCAGAUGCAUAUCCUUAUAAAUCUCCUUCAGUUGGCUUUGUCAACAAAAUCUAUCAUCCAAAUGUUGAUGAAAUGUCUGGCUCAGUUUGUUUAGAUGUCAUCAACCAGACUUGGAGUCCCAUGUUUGACCUGGUCAAUGUGUUUGAAGUAUUUCUUCCUCAGCUCCUUUUGUAUCCAAAUCCAUCAGAUCCCUUGAAUGGAGACGCUGCUGCCCUUAUGAUGCGUGAUCGUGCUGCCUAUGAUCAAAGAGUUAAAGAAUAUUGUGAGAAAUAUGCGAAGUCUGAAGACAUAGGAGCUGUUGAGGAGAAAUCUAGUGAUGAGGAAGAUGAUCUGAGUGAAGAUGAAUAUGCUUCUAGUGAUGAUGAUGCAGUGGUUGGAAAAGCUGAUCCUUAGUGGCAAUACAAAUGUUCAAUUUACAAUUUUUUUUAACAGGGUGUCUAUCUGUACAUUAUUAUAAUAUUCUCCUACUCCUGGAAAAUGCAAAUAAAUAAAUAAAUAAAUAAAUAGAGAAUUUUAGCAAAAAUAUGAAUGCCCCACUUGGGGGAUUUGCCCCUUUUCUGUAAAUUAGUGACAGUUAUAUUUCUGAGUGAAAUAAUUCACCUAAUUGUGUUUUUUUCCUC